CGGCUCCUGUGUGUUGUGUAACGGCGUCCGGGGGCGGGGUUACCGGGGACAGAAGUGGGAGGAGUGAGCGCCGACUUCCGGCAGGAGGAGGAGACAUCUGACGUCAUCAGCACGCGACACCGAGCGCUUGACACCACAGAGGAGACCGCGGGGAGAGAUGCCGGUUGCAGUUGGUGGUCCCUACGGGCAGUCGCAGCCCAGAUGCUUUGACAAGGUGAAGAUGGGCUUCAUGAUGGGCUUCUCUGUAGGCAUGGCCGCCGGGGCGCUCUUUGGCACUUUCUCAUGUCUAAGAUUCGGAAUGAGAGGUCGAGAGCUUGUGGGCGGCAUUGGGAAGACCAUGAUGCAAAGCGGCGGCACGUUUGGAACAUUUAUGGCCAUUGGGAUGGGAAUUCGGUGUUAAUAAAAAAUCUACAGUCUCGUUCACACAAUGAGUCGUAAUUAUCUUCA